AAAAUGAUGUCUAUUCAUGUAACAAUGCCGAGAACCAAUACAAUCCCCAGAUCCAGUGUGUGAUCAUUGUGAGUUGAAUAAAGCACGGGACAUUAAAACACAUUUGGGAGAGCAAUUUUAUAAAUGUAUAAGAACAACAUGCGAUCAUAAUGUUUUGUACUAACAGCAGAUAACAUUUGUGAAGUAGUAACUUCAGUAACAGUAGUAACUGUGGGCAAUGUUCUGAGAUAUUCCUUGAACCUCUAAAAAACAAGAAAAUAUGUUGUUGUAUGAAUAAGCAGACAGUUACAUUUAAGUCUUUGUGGACUUAUUGUAACUCAGCAUUUAAUUGCCAUUAAAACCACUGGCCCAUUUAUUCAGGCAUUGUGGCUGAAUAAAUGGGCCAGUGGUUUCCUCUAUUUUCUUCCCGAAAACAUAGGUGACCAAGUGACCUCUAGUUACUUCCCAAUUUCCACUUAUCAGACGGACCUACAGUAUCGUCAUAUACCUGCUAAAAUACAGAGAACAGAGUACAUCUGAAAUAGGUUGAGUGUAGGGAUAAAACAGUCGAGGCGAUACAAUCAUGUCUGAGGAUAUCUAUGCUAAGCCAGACCUCACCAAGAAAGUUAGAUUUCAGACAGAGGAGAAGGAGGAUGGAAGUGCACAUGUCUGCGAUAACAGAGAAAAUGUGACGAUUUACGACAACUACCGGGUAGAGGAGAAUACGCCGCCUGAGGACCAACAGCAAAGUAUUUACCUGUCUUUCUGUGUCUGUCUGACUUUCCCUUAUGUCCUUCAUAUUAUAAUCAAGAUCACCUUUUUAUUUACAGUGUUCGUUACAGAACUUGUUAUUAGAAGCACAUCCUACAUUAAUUAUUUUUUAAACUUAACUCUCAUCAGCUGUUUAUUUGUGCUCUCAGCCACUUCAGUGAAUGUACCUCCAGGAAAGAGGAAUCUUGCCAAAGCUGCUGCGGUGUUUGUGUCGCUGCUGUGUCUUCUCCUCCUGGCUGCUGACAUUGUCGUGGUGGUCCUGUUGAUUCAAGACAAAAACCUCAAUGCCAACCUGACCAGCGAGAGAGACAAACUAUGGACAAGUUACAGUGAAAUAAAACGGCUCAAUCUCAACUUGACCCAGGCCACACACCUGUUAGAGAAUGACAACGACCUUUUGAAGGCCAUGAAAAACAACCUCACCAAAGAGAGAGACGACUUACAAAAGCGACUCGAGGCAUCAGUUUGUCCUGACAAUUGGAUUAAGUUUGGAAACAGCUGUUAUUCAUUUUCCACCUCAAAGAAAAGCUGGAGUGACAGCAGACAGUCUUGUGAAAAGCUUGAUGCACAGUUGGUGAUCGUGUCGAGCGAAGAGGAGCAGACAUUUCUCAGCGUAUUUGUCAAUACCUGGAUUGGUCUGACAGAUGAAGAGGAAGAAAAUGUCUGGAAAUGGGUUGAUGGAUCAGUGGUCAACACCACGUACUGGAAAAAUGGACAGCCGGAUAACAAAGGUUAUAAAAAUGAUGAAGACUGUGUUCAAACUAACAGUGCAUCUAAUGAUUUAAAUAACUGGAAUGAUUUGACCUGCACUGAAGACUUACACUUCAUGUGCGAGAAAACACUUCAAUAAAGCAUCUCUGUGCUGGAUUUUUCAUGUGUAAAUAAACUUCUGAGAUCAAAUAUGUAAAUAAUGUUAUACUGUUAAUUAUUUGUUGAAAUUACA